CUAAGUUCCGCUAUGGCUGGCUGCAAGCUGUUACGAUAUGUUUGUUUGUUCCUUCUUGGAUAUGUAGGAGCAGUCACUGCUACCUGUGAGAAGACAAGUGACUGUUCUUGCCGCAUGAGUGAUGGCAAAGUCUUGAACUUGGAGUCACUGCAGGGUAAAAACCCAGGUCCCAGCUUCACUGGCAUGAAGGAUAUAGAUAAGCCACCAAAUUCAUAUAGCUGGAGUCCCUGCAAAACAUUCAGUCAAGACCCUGGUUGUCAAAAUACUUUGCUAUGCCAGCGAGCAAAUGGUCGAUAUUACCCAGUUGCAGAGGAAGUGAGCAGCUUUGAUGAAAGCAGUGAUGGUAUUAUAAGUAUAAUAUAUGCUCCAUUUACUGUUCCGUCACCAAAAUUCACAAGAAAAGCAACCAUUGUGUUGAAGUGUGACCAACAUCAAGAAAAAGGAACGUUUAGUCAAUUUGUUGAGCACAAAAUAAAUUCUACAGCGUCAUCUUAUACAGCAACGCUUUCUACCAAAUAUGCUUGUUUCAAGAGUGGAGGACUAAGUACUGGCAGUAUUCUUCUCAUAGUGUUCUUUCCAUUGGUACUGAUCUAUUUCAUCGCGGGGUUGUUAUAUAAUAAAAUUCAUAAGGGUGUCAGCAGUUUUCCUGAAAUGAUCCCUAAUCAUUCUUUCUGGGGCGAUGUCCCAUUUUUAGUCAAGGAUGGCUGUGUUUUCACAUUUCAAGGAAUGGCUGGCUGUUGCAAACGUGUGUCUAUGAAGGUCAAAGGGGACUCUUAUGCUGAAAUAUAAGAUUAUACUUAAAUUUCUUUU